CUCGCAAGAAAAAACGAACUGGCGUUGACAUUGUCGAUGGAUUAUCAAGCGACCUACACGAUAUGACUUCCUUUUUCAAAUCGUCUAUCUCUUCAACUGAGAGCGCUGUUGAAUCAACUGCUCAAGCCAUCACUGCUGCUAAGCCCUCAGUUCAUGCUCAAGCAGUUAGCAUGAUAUACAAAUCUGAAUUGACUCGCCCUCAAUGUUUUUCCGCCAUCAAGUUAUUCACUAACCAGCCUGUGAUGGCUGAGACCUAUCUCAGCACUCCAGCUGAGGUUCGUGAUGAAUGGGUUUUAUCUGUCAUCACUGAUUAGGUGAUUAACUUUUUGAUUUUAUAUUUCUUUAAUUCCACUGACUGAUGUGUUUGAUUUACUUUAUUUAUCCUUCCUUUGUUCCUUUUUUGUCUCAUGUUUGUUUUUCUUUCUUGUUAUCUUCUCCAUUCAAAUAUAUAUAUCUAGCCUCAUUUGUGUGUCUUUACAAAAACAAACACGAGAUUAAAUUAGAUUGAUAUCUUAUUGUCGGGUGCUUUUAUUACAAUAACUAUGUUCUUAUCUACUUGAUAUUAUAUUAUAUCAUUAUAUUAUAUUACCUGGUUUCUUCCAUUUAAAUGGCUAUAUAUAUAUGUUGCUAUCUACUUGUGGUAUGAUGCUCAGCAAACAUUGUAACAAAUACAAAUUUUCUUUACU